AUGUCGCACAAUUGUGGGUCAGGCGUGACGUCGGCUGGCGGUGUGUACGUAAAGGCUCAGCUGGUGCCUGCCGAAUGGUUCCCUGACGCGCCCCUGGACCGCAAGACUUCAGUGUGCAAGGAGGAUCCUGCCGUCUACGACGAGGAAAUAACUUACGGCAGCGUGCGGCCUGACAGCCCGGGCGUAGAGCGCGGAGGCUUCCUGCUGCUGAGGCUGAAGCUCACCCGACGCCUGCGCUCGCAGGUGAUGAGUGAGGCGCUGGUGAGCCUCAGUGACGUGCCUGUCCUCUCGCCUGAGAACAGACGCUCCAAGCCUCACACGCACCUUGUCCUCACACGCGCUGCGCCCCUUCAUUCUUACGAGUCUCUGAACAUCCUGAGACGUCGCAACGAUGAGGUGACGCGGCAGUUUCUACAGCAGCUCGAGCACGACAACAAGGGGCAAGCCAAAGCCUUCAUGAGCGCCUCUAACGCCAGCAUCUCCAGCUUGUGGUGACCUGCAUCUCCAGCUUGUGGUGACAUGCAUCUCCAGCUUGUGGUGACCUGCAUCUCCAGCUUGUGGUGACCCACAUGACCUGCCCAUAAUCUGUGGGUGACCAGGUCAUCUUCUCUUUGGGAACUUGCAGUGGUUUCUUGCAAAAGAACAACGAAAAGUUUCCACGUCAUAUUUUCCGUCUUCUAUUGGCCUCAGCUUGGCCUCAGCUUGGCACUAUUACAUGCGAUGUCGUUUUUCAAACAGGCAUGCUUUUAGAUGCGCAUGCCUUCACAUGGUGCUGAAAUAUGCGAUGCUGCUAUUAUAACAAGCGUUUUUUUACACGCGCAUGCCUUCACAUGGCGCUAGAAUAUGCGAUGCUGUUUUUGAAGCAGCUAUUUUUUUUACCAGUCGAAGCCCCGAGUUUCUCAGUCUAUGGCAUUAUGAUAGCAGAGCGUCGCAAACUUUGAUAAGUUGAAAACUUUUCCAUGUUAAUCAUGUGGUCAUACGCACAACGAAUGUGGGGUUUAGUUUUAGUAUAAUGAGGCUUUGAAACUGAAUGCUUUCUUGAUUGCUUGUGUUGGGAUAUUUUGUAAAACUUUGCAAUCAAAAUUAGUGACAUAAUUCUAGACAAACUUGCAAGAAACAUCGUUGAGAUGACGCUUGUAUCUUCGCUUCGUGGAUUCGGCCCGCGCUUUGGGACACACGACUUAGCGGACAGACUGUUAUUGAUCUCUUGUAUAGUCUAAAAUUAACGAUCCUUAAGAUGAAUUCUUUGAUAAAUAUUACGCUGAUGGUUUCUGAAACGUUCAAGGCUGUGGUUAAGAGGUGUUAUUUGGAAGUUUCUUUUGUUGAUAGUGAACUAGCGAGGUGGUAUAAACUUUUUUGUGUGAGUGGCACUAACUGUGUUUGAGAUAAGCUAUGACAUGCAUUUCCAUGCAGACUUGGAUGCGAUGUUCCUCUAUGGGUAAUCGACGUUAGUGAAACCAAUGAAAGCAUAAUGUUAUUUUCUGACACAUCAAAAUAUCUUAUUAUGUAAGUUGGUCGUAGAAGGAUAUUUUUUUAAUAAAUUCAAGGCGACUGUAUAAACUGACAACUACUAUGUUUUUAGAUGGUGCAAUAGUCUUCGUAUUCUAAUAGUCUAGCCUAAGAAGUUCUAACCCUCACCAAAAUAUUGAGUAGUUUUUACCCGAUGGGGUUAAAAUUUAAACGAUAUUGUAUCACUCCAUAAGUUGGUAAUGCAUUUGCCUGAUGUGUAAAGGGAAGUUUUUUUUUUUGCGACACCUUCAGUACGUUACGAAGAAUGACUCACAUUUGAGUAAAUUCGAUGAAGAAUGACUCGCCUCUAAGUCCCUGCUUCAAGUAGGAAGGACUCAUGAGAGCCGAGUAGUAUUUGCUUAUGUUUCCUGUGACAAUUUCUUAGUUCACAAUGACUGCACAUGAUUAAUGUUCCUGCGAUGUGCAGCUUUAGUGCUCACUUUGUCGCAGAUUUCUAGCGUUCUAUUGUACAGAUUGUUUAUCUUUCAACGAAAACAAUGAUUUAUUUCGCGAUCAGUAUCUUAUUUCAGCUCGGGGUGGCCGAGUGGUUAAGAUUACUAAGAUUGGAGCAGCGAGCUAGUGGGGUUCGACACCCGUAUUUUGCUGUGAAAAUUCUGGUCGAAAUCGUCAAGGUUUCGGCUAUUGGUCGAAAUGUCCUAUUCAAAUCUUAACCACUAUAUAUAUUAUUACACUACAAGUGCCUUGUGUUCGCGCGAACGACGAAAUUUAUUAUAUUUUAAUUGUGGUAAAUGCCUACGCAAUGUUGUGCCUUGUCAGUUGUGUAUAUCGUGGCCGCCCCUACCUCUUCUGUGCCGACCUCAGUGAGGGAGCUGACCACGCCAGUGCGGCCAUGGUGACAAACAAGAGACUUUAGUUGCUUUUCAUUUUUAAAGUCUUAUUAGUAGACCAGUUGAGCAUCAUCAAUA